UGAAUUUAACUUCAGUAUUGGCAUCCCUUUUAGGAGGUAUUUUUUGUAUAUUUUUUUAUUUAUGUAAUUUACUUGAUCACCAGUCUUCCUUUGAUGGUUUAUACCAUGUUCUUUGUUUUCAUGCAUUCUCAUGAUAUUGUUUCUUUUUUCAGAAUACAAAACCUCUGAUGUUGUUAGCUUCAUUCUUGAAGGGUGCUAUUAUACUUUUAUAAUUUGGUUCACUCAUUUUGUCAAUGAUUUUAAUUGUUUUAGAAAUAACUGGUCUGAAUUUGAAUGUUGAUCUACUUAGUAUUAUUUAGCAGCCUCUAAUGUCCAUUGAGUUUUUAUAACACUGGGAGGCAGAGCUUUGUCAAGUGCUCAAUUCUUUCAAUGGAGAUCAAUGAUGAUCCACAGAGUUUACAGCUUGAGAUAGAGCGUCUCACCAAUGAGCUUGAUCACACCAGCAAUCAGAAAACCCAGGCUGCACAGUAUGGCUUGGUGCUGCUUGAGGAGAAGGAGUCUCUUAAGACUCGUUGUGAACAGCUGGAGGCCCUCUAUGAGAAUACUAAGCAUGAACUCCUUGUUACUCAAGAGGCCUUGGCCAAGUUCCAAAAUACUCAUCGAGUGGCAACAGCAAGUGGCAUUGAGACUGAAGAGAGCCUCAUAUCUGAAUCAGCCGCUCGGGAGACAUCACUUAACUCUCAGAUUGCAGAACUGGAACUAGAAGCAAAACAGGUGCGGUUGGAGCUAGAGAGGGUGCAGAGUGAGAAGGAGCGCUUUGCCAAUGAUUUGGCAGAAAUACUCAGGUCCAAGGACAUUAGUGAUCAUGAGAAGAUGCAGAUCAAGGCGGAGCUCAAGGAUCUUAAGUUCCGAGAAACGCGUCUGUUUCAGGACUAUUCUGAGCUGGAAGAUGAGAACAUUUCUCUUCAGAAACAAAUCUCAAACCUCAAAUCAUCACAAGUCGAGUUUGAAGGUGCCAAACAUGAAAUCCGGCGCCUCACCGAAGAGGUGGAUGUACUCAACUCACAAAUGGAAGACAUGGUGAAGCUUCGUGAAAUAGCUGAGCGGCAAAUGGAGGAAGCUCUGAUUUCGCUGCAAGCAGAACGAGAAGCCAAGUACGCUCUCAAGAAAGAGCUUGACACGAGGCUCAACAAGGAGUCUAUGUAUACACUCUCCAACCUGGCUGCUAUGUCCAUGAAACUUUCAGGCAGCUCUGAGUUUGGUGAUGGUGAGGAUGGUGGUGACGACGACGAGCAGACACCCGGUGCGCUGCGGCAGCUCGAGUCAGAGCUGCUGGAGCAGCAGGCGGCGCGGGGGGGCGCCGGUCCUGAGGGGGGCGAAGGCGACCUCUUCUCUGAGAUACACGGCAACAGAAUCAAGAAACUCGAGACCAAAAUCAGCGAGCUGGAGGUUGAGAAGAGCAGCACGAACAGUAUGCUGAGUGAGACGCAAGAGGCGCUGGACAAGACACGUGCUGAAGUGUCUGCUCAACACGUCAACAUCACUCGCCUCAUCGGCCACGUGGCGGCAUUACAAACACUACACGUCAACACUGCUGGCGCUCUCAACAAAAUAAGUAUUAGCAAUGAAGAAAAAAGCGCCAUGACCGAGGCACUGGAGCAGCAGAAGCAGCGCUACGAGGUCGCUGCCAGGGAGCUGGCCGAGUUGGACCAAACUCUGCAGGACCUCCAGAAAAGCGACCAACCGCAGCCUUCAGAAGCCCUCCUGCAGCUCAGGAAUGAGGUUUCAUCACUGCGAUCCAAGCUUAUGGAGAGUGAACAGCGCAAAGCGGACGCGUCGAACGACGUUCAGUUGCUGUGCCAGAUGAUGAACACACGAGAGGGCGCCUUGUCUAUAACGCACACACAACUGCAGGCCAUGUCAGAGGAGCUGGCUCAGCUCUACCAUCACGUGUGCACCGUCAACGGACAAACUCCUUCUCGUGUUAUGCUCGACCACAGCAAGGGCACAGCAACCGACCAGGAAAAUAACAGCAAUGCAGACUCGGAUAAAAUGGAAAAUAACAGCAACAACAGCUCAAGUGUGGCCAUUUCUCAGCUUGAGUUGUUGAGGUCGAAACUUCGUACUGACGUCAACCUGAGCGUCGAUAAAGAAUAUUGUCCCGGUGAUUUACGGGCUGUGACAGACACAAUACAAGACCAGGUACGGCAUCUGCGACGUGCUGUGCAGCACACCAUCGACAGCAGCAAGCAGCAGCUGCAUCAUCAGCAGCAGACAUCUGAAGCGUUGGGUGAAACUGGAAGCUUGAGUGAAAUUGAGGUCCAGGAGCUGCAGGAGCAGGUGAUCAAACUGAAGGCUUUGCUGUCCGUCAAGCGGGAGCAGAUCGCCACCCUCAGGACUGUGCUCAAGGCCAACAAACAAACUGCUGAGGUUGCACUGACAAACCUGAAAUCCAAGUAUGACACCGAGAAGACGAUUGUGUCGGAAGCCAUGAUGAAACUGCGCAAUGAACUCCGGCACCUCAAGGAAGAUGCUGCUACUUUCUCAAGUUUACGCUCGAUGUUCGGGGCUCGGUGUGAGGAAUACGUCACUCAGUUGGACGAAGCGCAGCGGCAGUUGAUGGCGGCUGAAGAAGAAAAGAAAACCCUGAACUCCCUUCUUAGGAUGGCCAUCCAACAGAAGCUUAGCCUUACGCAGCGU